GUGCACAUGGGUGGAAAGGAAAGUGGUUUUAAAGUUAUGACUGUCGUGUAAUGAAAUCUGCAUAUUUUGUCUUCCUCAAGCUGUCAGUGUUUCAUCAGUCAACUGGUAAAGACUCGUCUUUAGCCACGACCUGAUGUAGAGGCAGGUAAAACUGAAAAGCAACAGUGUUUUAUUCGGGCGAAUCGGCGGAUCUAACAACCAAAUGGCGUACGUCUGAACAAAAGUACCCAAAAGAGCUUCAGCUGUUGAAUCAAUUUUAAGAAGCUAUUAAUCUGAGGGCGAAAUUGAAGUGUAUUAACCCACCACAGAGUUCGCGCAGGAAUGGGCGUGCCCGCUGUGAUUGACAAGCCGAGGGCGGGGAUUAACAACGGCAAUGUGCCGUGAUUGACACGCAAUGCAAAUAUAACGGACUUGGUAAACAGUUUCCCUGCUUUAGAUUGAAGUGUGACAGAUCCAGCUUGGCAAGUAAAAGCAAUAUCAGGAGGGCUGUACAUACCAGAGCAGGCCAGCCAGCACGAAUUGAAGCUAUGAAACCAUUCCGUGCAGUAGUGAAUCCCACCACAGGAGCUCUAGCCUGGGUGAAGGAGGAUGAAGAUUAUGAUUACAACCAGGAAAUUGCAAGAUCUGCAUAUGCCGACAUGCUGCAUGAUCAUGACCGAAACAGAAAGUAUUAUGAAGGAAUCCGGGCAGCAGUGAGUAGAGUGAAGAAACGGGGGCAGAAGGCACUUGUUCUGGAUAUUGGGACUGGCACUGGGUUGCUUUCCAUGAUGGCAGCUACUGCAGGAGCAGACUUCUGUUAUGCAGUUGAGGUGUUUAAGCCAAUGGCAACAGCUGCUGAAAAGAUUGUGAAGAAAAAUGGCUUUGGGGAUAAGAUUAAAGUUAUCAACAAACAUUCCACUGAGCUAAAAGUGGGACCAGGUGAAGACAUGGAGUUUCGUGCCAACAUUCUGAUUACUGAAUUGUUUGAUACAGAACUGAUUGGUGAGGGAGCACUAACCACUUACGAACAUGCUCAUAAGUACCUUGUGGAGGAAAACUGUGAAGCAGUACCACAUAGAGCAACGGUUUAUGCACAGCUUGUUGAAUCCAGCAGGAUGUGGUCCUGGAACAAAUUAUUACCCAUCCAUUUCAAGUCGGACUUUGAGAAGGAGAAAAAUAGUGUCAUCUUGCCACCAGCAGAGCUACAGAAGUGCUCUGGUUCCUCGUCAGUCUAUGAUAUUCAGUUAAAUCAGGUCCCACUGAGUGACUUCAGACCUCUCAGCAACAUUUUGACAAUGUUCAGUGUGGAUUUUAGUAAACCUGUAAAAAGCAGUGCAGCUCGUCACAAGGUGCCUUUUAAUCCACUGUCCUCUGGAACAGCACAGGUUGUCCUUUCCUGGUGGGACAUUGACCUAGAUCCUGAAGGCAACAUAAACUGCACAAUGGCACCUUAUUGGGCACAUCCAACUCCCCACAAUGUUCCGUGGCGAGAUCACUGGAUGCAGUGUGUUUACUUUCUUCCAGAGGAAACUCCAGUCUUGAAGGAUGACUCUCUCUGUUUGGCUGUUCACCAUGAUGUGUACAACUUGUGGUACACAGUUCACACAGCAAGUGAUGAUGCCAGAGAAGAAGAAAAGGCAGAAAUACAGCGACCUAUCUGUACCUGUCAGGCACACCUGGUUUGGAACCGACCCAGAUUUGGAGAACUUAAUGAUCAAGAAAGGACAGAUAAAUACAUUAGUGCAUUAAAAACAGUGGUGCAUCCUGAAAGUACCUGUCUCAAUUUGAGUGAUGGUGGCCUUCUUCCACUGUUUGCUCACUUGCUAGGUGCUAAACAGGUGUAUACAGUUGAAACCUCUUCACUGUCCAGGAAUCUAACGGAAAGAAUGUUAGCAGCCAAUAACCUGAGAGGAAAAAUUAAAGUGAUUGAUAAACACCCUGAAAAUCUGACUUCAGAUGACCUGACAAAUCAAAAGGUGUCCGUACUGAUUGGUGAACCAUUUUUCAGUACCAGUCUUCUACCAUGGCACAACCUCUACUUCUGGUAUGCCAGGACAGCACUCUCAAACCACCUAGUGGAUGGUGCUACCAUCCUACCACACUCUGCUUCACUGCACUUGAUUGUGGUGGAGUUCAAGGACCUGUGGUGUAUCCGAGCUCCAUGUGGUAAAUGUGAAGGAUAUGAUGUUAGCAUAAUGGAUGAGAUGAUACAGAAAGCCAUUGAUUAUAGGGAGUCACAUGAAGCAGAGCCCCACCCUCUUUGGGAAUACCCCUGUAAGGCGCUCUCAGAACCAAAGAAAGUCAUGACAUUUGACUUUCAAAAGACAGUGCCAGAGAAGGCCAUUCAAACCAGUGGAGCCCUCACUUUGAUAAGGCCUGGGAAAGCUCAUGGAGUUGUGCUGUGGAUGGACUAUCACCUCACCGAUGAUAUCACAGUAAGCAAAGGACUCCUGAAGCUACCAUCAGAAAAGGGUGAAUGUUCUUGGUAUCCUCACUGCAAGCAAGCUGUUUACUUCCUCAGCACAAUCCUGAAACAAGAUUCUGUGUCUGACCACCUGCCUUCAGUAGUCACCUAUAACGUAUGCUUUGAACCAAAGACUGGUGACCUGUCAAUGGACUUCCAGCCUUUAAAUGAUGGCAGUGGCAAAUGAGGAUAGUUGAGCGGCUAAGAUCUUUCUGCUGUUGUCCCACUUCGACUUUUAAAACUGCUUACUUUCAGAUUAUUCCAAAGGCUAUACUCCAUUUUUGAAGCACUGAGUUGUCCAUAUUUUACUUGAAGAUGUUAUCUGUGGGACAGAAAAGUAGAUGAAAACAGUCCCAGAUGGAUGGUAUACAGAUUAAAGAAGAGAGCCUAUAGCGGAAGAUGAAAAGAUCACAAACCCAGAUAUUAAACUGACCUCAGGCAUAUUAAAUUAAAAAACAUGUUGAUAAUCCUAAACUAUUUUGGGUAUUUGUAAUAGGCUUAUAGUGCAAGGUAGGAGUUUAAUUGGAGAUAUCUGGCGUUAUCAUGUUACAGGACAUUGAGAAAAAGUUCUAAGCACUUUACUAAUUAUUGUUCAGUUGUUGCAAGUAUGUAGACUCUCCUAUAGAUGUAUGUCAUAGGCAGGACAAUACAUCAGGAAGCAGUUCUUAAAAUACAAACUGCAGACGAACAUCAUAAAACAUUUUUACCAUGUGUUCAUAUGCAAUAAUUUUGCAGAGAGCAAGCCCCCACCAUUACUCCCCAUACUAUAAAUAUUCUUACUCUGUGAGGCACAGCCUUCUAAAAAGAAAGUCCCCUCUUCACUAAGAUUCUGUGACCUUAGGGCAAAAAUAUUUCCCCCCUUCACUAAGAUUCUGUGACCUUAGGGCAGAAAUAUUUAUCUAUCGGAUAUGUUUAUUUGAAAGAGAUGGGCUUUUACAUUUUUUUAAACCAUUCAAUCUUUUUUUCUGUAUUCUGCUUCCUGCUGUGGAAUAGCAGAAAUAGGAGUGCUACUUUAUUUACAUCAAAAGCAAAACAACCUACUUUUUAGCGUAUUACCAUAAGAACUUCAUGUGUAAGUAUGGCGUCAGUUCGAUAAAAACAUUUUGAAUGUAAGUACUUUGGAUAAAAUGCUGUAACACUUGAGCCAUCUGUACUAGCAGUUUUGGUUUUAUGUAAUAAACUUCCAUUUUAAAAAUAAA